AUGGAGGCAAUCAACAAUCUCACCCAGCUCCUGCAGGGAGCAGCCAAAUCAAAAAGCGGGUUGAGAUUCUACAAGCCUGUUGAAGACCUACUUGAGUCCAUGUAUGUCUCGUACUCGGAUCUUCUAGAGGAUGCAACCGAAAAGGCUCGCUUGCUGCGUGCUAUCGAGGGUCUCACGCCUUCGACCAUUCUCCUCAUUCACUUUGACAGUCAGCAUGAAGCCAUCCUAUGGUUCUGGGCGGCAACAAUUGCAGGGUUCUUACCUGCAAUGUCGGCACCUCUUGUGAACGAUGCUGCCCAGAGAAAGAAACACCUCAAUCACCUUCAGACACUGCUCCGACAGCCUAUUAUCUUAACAGCAAAGCAUUUGUUAUCCGGAUUUGACGGUGUUGAGGGUCUACAUCUGUACGCAGUUGAGUCAUUGCAAGAUGACAGUUCCACAGCAUCAACGAUCUUCAUGGCUGGUGCACAAAAGGAAGAAAAGGAGCUAGCCGUGCUCAUGUUGACUUCAGGAAGCACAGGCAACGCCAAAGCAGUCGCACUUCGACAUGGUCAGAUCCUAAAGGCACUGAAAGGCAAGACGUCUUUUCAUGGCAUCAAUCCUGGUGAUCCAUUCCUCAACUGGAUAGGCAUGGACCACGUCGCAAACCUGACUGAAAUUCAUUUGCACGCCAUGAGCCUGGGAAGCGACCAAGUCCAAGUACCUGCAGCAGAGCUCCUGCGCAAUCCCUUACUCUUCAUAGAGCUUCUCGACCUUCACAAGAUUGUCUAUACAUUUUCGCCAAACUUUUUCAUGGCGCAAGUCCGUGAUAGUCUGGUUGCAAACCCGACCAUGAAGGCGGAUCUGUCGCACCUGCGAGCUUUCAUCGCCGGUGCCGAGGCUAGUGUGGUGACAACUUGUGAUACACUGACUCGCGAACUUCGUCGUUUUGGCGUACAGACAGAAGUCAUUCGUCCUGGAUUCGGUAUGACGGAGAUAUGUGGAGGAUCCAUUUACUCAACGGGAUGUCCAUCAUAUGACCUUGCAGCGGGCCUCGAGUUUGCCAACUUGGGAACAUGUAUUCCAGGUAUCGAAAUGAGAGUCAUGCAUCUGACCGAUAAAUCCGAGAGAGUACGUGACGGCGAAGUGGGAGAGUUUCAAGUGUCUGGGCCCGUGGUAUUUGACCAUUACUUCAAUAACGCAGAAGCAACUGCCAGCGCUUUCACAGCGGACGGGUGGUUCAUCACUGGUGACUUGGCCUGGAUCGAUAAAUCGGGAAACUUGAAUCUGGCUGGGCGUACCAAAGACCUGAUUGUGAUCAACGGCAUCAAGUGGAGUUCCACUGAUAUUGAGAUAGCUAUCGAGGAGGAGGGAAUUCCUGGUAUCGUGCCAUCUUUCACCGCUGCAAUUCCUCACCGAGCAGCUGAUUCAGCAACUGAGGAUAUCGCCAUCAUUUACUCUCCCGCGUACGCUCCGGAAGAUGACCAGGUUCGAUUCGAAACUGCUACCGCGAUUGCAAAGACAGUGGCUUUAAACACAAGUUGGAAACCAGCCCAUGUGAUCCCACUUCCUCAAAAGCUGCUCGAAAAGUCUACCCUGGGCAAAAUCUCCCGCAGCAAGGUCCGCUCAGCGUUUGAAAAGGGAGAAUAUGCUACUUUUGAGAAAGAGGAUUUGGAAGCUCGCAAGCGCUACCAGGAAUCCAAGUGGCGAAGCCCAGAAACAGAGACAGCUAAGUCGAUUCAGAAAAUUUUGGCCGAGAUUCUCAAGAUUCCAGCUGAAGGCAUCAGCUUGGAUUCGUCCAUUUUCGACUUGGGCGUCAGUUCGUUCAAUUUGAUGCUUCUGAAAGCCAGGGUUGAGGAUGCACUGGAAACGAAGAUUGAAAUUCCCCUGUCUGUGUUGCUAACAGAGCCCACGGUGGGCACCAUCGCCACAUUGAUCGAAAAGGCACUGUCCGAAACUCCCGAUUACAAUGCCAUCGUCCCUUUGCAAACACAAGGCACCAAAACACCAUUGUUCUGCAUUCACCCAGGUAGUGGCGAUAUAAUCGUCUUCAUCGCCUUAGCCGCACACUUCCCAACCCGCCCAGUCUAUGCGGUUCGCACCCGAGGCUACAACCCCAACGAGCGUCUCUUCACCUCAAUCCGCGAGACAGUUGAAACGUACGUACGCCAUAUCCGUCAAAUGCAGCCCAAAGGACCAUACGCUAUAGCUGGGUACUCGCUUGGAUCAACAAUUGCGUACGAGGUAGCCAAGGAGCUUGAAGCUCAGGGGCAAGAAGUUCGCUUUUUGGCUAGUAUUGACUUCCCACCUCACAUUACGCAUUACAUCCAAGGUCUCGACUGGAUUGAUGUCUUGCUUCACAUUUCCUUCUAUCUGGAGCUCAUCAAUGAAACCCUCAUGCUCCAUAUCUCGCCAUACAUGCAUACCCUGGACCGUGAAGAAGCUGUUGAACGAAUCCUAGACAUCAGCAAUCCUGCACGCAUGGAGGCACUGGGUCUCAAUGCAGAGCGCCUGGCCCUGAUCACCGGUAUUACCGAAAAUCUUCGCGUCAAUCUUCUAGACUACAAACCAACAGGUACAGUCGAUCGUAUGGACGUCUUUGUAGCCGAUCCACCUUCAUACGCAGCACUCGAUCGUCAAGAUUGGAAGAACAAGAAGCUGGGUCGCUGGGCAGAUUUUGUGCGAAGCAGUGUAGAAUUUCAUGACUGCGCUGGCAUUCAUGCUAAGAUGUUGAAUCGCGAGCAUAUGGCUGAUUUUGCUAGGAUUUUCAAGAUGGCUAUGAAGCGAAGGGGUGUCUAA